AUGCCCGACACAGCAAGGGCGCAGACGGCCACGUCGUCGGAGUCGGCCGACAAUCUGGACACGAUGGAGAAGAUCCCGACUUACACAGGGUCGCUGGCUCCGGUCAUUGGCAUCGCCAUGUAUCAGUCGGACAGGAUCUCGAAUCUGUACCCGACGCUGGGCUACCUGAUCCCGAUCAUCUCGGUGCUGGGAAUGCCGAUCCUGCCACGCGGCAAGUCGAUCCAGACGCUGAUGCUCAACGUUCUGGCGAUCUGCGUGGGCUCGGCGCUGGCGCUGCUGAUGAUGUACUCGGGCGUGGAGGCGCGGCGCCGCACGGCCGGCACGCUGACGGCGGCCCAGCUGGCCCAGAUGAAGGCGACCGGGCGGCCGCUGUACAACGCGAGCCAGUCGGCGGUGAUGGCGGUGUGGCUCUUUGUGGCGACGUGGGCGGUCAAUGUGCUGCGGGCCAAGAACCCGGCCUUCAACCUGCCGGUGAUUGUCUUUUCGAUCCUGAUCAACGUGACGGCAUCGUUUGGACCGCUGAUGACGACCAUGGUGCAGGCCGAGGCGUUUAUCAAGCAGAUUCUGACGGCGAUGCUGUUUGCUCAGGCACUCUCGGCCGGCGUCUCGCUCUUUGUCUUUCCCAUGUCGAGCCGCAAGAUCCUGAUGGGACAGAUGCGCGGCAAGAUCGGGCUGCUGCGCAAGGCCGUGUCGCUGCAGGGCGAAUACCUGCGCGGUCUGGAGCGCGAGGACAUGUAUGCGCUGGCCACGGUCGAGACAGCGGUCGGCGAGCUGGGGCCGUCGCCCACGAGGGACGAAAAGAACGGAAAGGAAGCGCCGCCACGGCUGACCCGUGAGGCCAAGGCGGCGCAGUCGCUGCGCGCCACGAUCGGAGCCAUCUACGACUUGUCAGGCAAGAUGCAGGCAGAGCUGCGGUUUGCCAAGCGCGACGCGGCCUUUGGCAAGCUGACGGCCCACGAUCUCGGCGAGAUGGUGCAUCUGCUGCGCAACAUCACGGUCCCGGUCACGGGCAUGAGCACGAUCAUGGACAUUUUCCGGCGCACGGCCGAGCAUCGCGGCUGGAAGGAGGCAGCCGAGAAGGAGCAGGAGCGGCGGGUGUGGAACGAGAUCAUGCAGCAGCUGCACGAGCCGUUUGCGAUCUUGUCCGAGGCCAUCGAUGAGGGGCUUGAGCAUGCCGGCCUGCAGCUGGACCUGCUGCCGAAGAGCAAGGCGCAAAAGGCGCAGUGCAAGGCACAACGCGCCAAGCGGCGAGCAGCCAAGGCGGCCCAGCGGGACAGGGCGAGCGAGAAGCAGGCAGGCAAGGCGCCCGACACUGCGGCCACGUCGCCACCACCAUCGACCCCUGCCUCGGACGCCGAGACGGGCGAGUCCUGCCGGCCGGGCGACGAAGGUUUCGCGGCCGUGAUCAACCGCAAGGUCGAGCGGUUUCACGUGUCGCGCAGCGGCAUCCUGCGGCUGUGGGCUCGCGAGCGCGGGCUGCUGAGCGGCGAUACGGACGACGAGAGCGGCAUGCGGCGACCGGCGGCAUCGCCAGGCCUGGACCCCAUCUUCAUGGAGCGGGAGCAUCGCCAGGCGCAGCUGUAUGUGUUGCUGUACAUGGAGCAGCUGAUGCACGCAACAGGCGAGGCAGUCCAGGACCUGGUCACGUUUGCGGACCUGCGCGUGGCCGACGGGACGAUGGACCAGAAGCGGCUGCUGUUCCCGACGCUGCGGCGGAUGCGCAAGUGGGUGAUCAGCGUGAUGACGGACGGCAACGACGACAGCAGCGCCGAAGAGACGCCGGCAUCGAUGGAGCACAGCCUCCAGGUCGUGUUCACGGGCGACGGCUUUGGCGCCAAGCGCGACCCCGAACACCUGCCGCCGACGAACGGGUGGCAGCGGUUCGGCAACCGACUGCGGGCGGUGUCGCGGCUGUUGGGCUCGGCCGAGUCGCUGUUUGGCCUGCGCGCUGCCUGUGCCACCAUGACCGUCGGCAUCAUCUGCUUCCUCGAGAGGACGCAGGUCUUUUUCCGGGAGCAGCGGCUGGUGUGGGCAAUGAUCAUCAUUGCGAUCGGAAUGAUGCAGACCUCUGGACAAUCCAUCUUCGGCUUCUUCUGCCGUGUCGGCGGCAGCGCCCUCGCCAUGGUCUUCUCACUCAUCAUCUGGUACAUCACAGACCAGACAACAGUCGGCACAAUCGUCUUCCUCUGGCUCUUCCUCUUCUGCGAAUUCUACUUCUUACUCAAGCAUCCCCGCUUCAUGGCGGCCAGCAUGAUCACGCUCAUCACGCAGGUGCUCAUCAUUGGCUACGAGCUGCAAGUCCGCCGCAUCGGCAUCACGCGCAGCGAGUCCACCGGCCAGCGCUACUACCCCAUCUACGAGCUGGCCCCCUACCGGCUGGCCACGGUGGCGGCCGGCUGCUUCGUCGCCUUCAUCUGGACCAUCUUUCCCCAGCCCCAGACCGACCGGGCCUGGCUGCGCCGUGACCUCAGCGCCACCAUGUACCUGCUGGCCAACUACUUUUCCGUCAUCAACGAGACACUACGGGCGGCCAUCGACCAGACAGCCGGCGACGUCGACGUGCCCGACACCCCCGGCCAUCGGCUCGCAAAGGUGCGCCAGAAGCUUUUCAGCAAGCUCAUGACCCUGCUGCCGUCGCUACAGGCCCACUCCGACUGGCAGCGCUGGGAGCCCAGCAUCGGCGGCCGCUACCCGCGCGUUGCCUACGAGGACAUCAUCCUGCGAUCUGGCCGCAUUCUCAACUACCUGACCCUCAUUUCCUACACGGUCGUGUGGAAGCCGCGUCACUCGCCCGCCCGCACGGCCGACGCCGCCUGGCUCGAGGCCCUGAAUGAGCUGAUCCGCGCCAUCGGGCCCACCCAUUACACCAUCCUGUCAACCCUGACCCUGCUGUCGAACUCGCUGCUGUCCGGCCAGUCGCUGCCGCCUUACAUUCCGCUGCCGCGGCCGUACGAGCUGACGCGUCAGCUGCUGGCCCUGACCGACGUCGAUCGGCCCGGUCAUUCCGGCAACUCGGCCGUGGUCAUGGCCUCCGGCUCGACCGGUCGGUCCCGGUCCGGAUCGGCACCUCAGCCUCCGCGCCGGCGCAACAGCAUCUGGAGCCGCCACAGCAAUGCGGAGAGCAAGAAGCAACAUCUCGCGGCCGUCAAGGAAGCCCAGAAGAUGAAGCAGAAGGAAGAUACGGAGAAGCCGGGUCGGAAGAAGCACAGCCAGACGGCCGCCUGGAAGGACCUGGCCGACGACGAGGUCAACACGGCCACCGGCCUUCCAACACUGAUGCGCGUGCCUACAAAGACGGCCUCGAGCCUGAGUCGCGUGCUGGACGCCAGCAACAUGGAGCAGACCGGCUACACCGAAUUUGCCGUCCUGCAGGUGUGCAGCACGCUGGUGUGCGACGACCUCGAGGGCAUGAUCCAGUCGGUCAGCGGCCUGGUCGGCGUCGUCGACUUCAGCUUCGUCGUCGACAAGGCCACGGCUGCCGGGUCCAUCCGCGGAAAAGGGAAGACGGCUUGA